AUGUGGGCGAUGUUGGAGAGAUACAUAUUACUUGCUUUCCGCCGCUUCCGGACAAGCAGGAUACAAAAAAAUUUACCGCCUUACUCUUCCAGAGAUUUACUCGGCUGUGUACACAAUUGUCCGCAGCCAUACGCUAUACACAGGUUAAGGAGUCAAUCGCAUCUACUUCCUCCCUCCGCCUACGUGUUUGAUUGCCUAUGCUCAGGGAUGUCUUCGAUAUUCCCAGAUAGCUUGUUCAGCAGCGAAGCUUUUGUACAGCAUCCCUAUUCGAAACGUGGGCUAUGCCCCGGAGCAACUGACUCCCCCAAAAGAACACCUUUUCCAGCCUGGAGUGUUGCCGAGGAUGUUAAAAGGAAUACCAGGCCUUCCCAAGAAGUUGGUAGUACGGGCUCCAAGGGAUCAGGCCCGGCUGGGAAGAUCGAGCUGUACUCUGGAAAGUAUUAUGCAUCUUGCAUAGCGGGAGGCAUACUUGCUUGUGGACUAACUCAUGCAGCCGUGACCCCGCUAGACCUAGCAAAAUGUCGGCUGCAGGUGGACCCAACGAUGUAUAAAGGCAUUAUUGAUGCAUGGGGCAAAAUUGGCCGCGCCGAAGGUCUUCGAGGAAUUUUCACUGGAUGGAGUCCAACUUUCUUUGGAUAUUCGGCCCAAGGAGCGUUCAAAUACGGCGGAUAUGAAUUUUUCAAGAAAUACUAUUCUGACCUACUGGGAGAGGACAUUUCUAGCCGCUGGAGGACACCAGUCUAUCUCGCCGCAAGUGCAUCUGCAGAAUUCAUUGCUGAUGUUGCUCUCUGUCCAUUCGAAGCUGUAAAGGUGCGAAUGCAGACUACCAUCCCUCCGUUUGCAAGAGGGACAUUCACUGCCAUUUCGCAUGUUACCGCCAAGGAGGGCAAAGCUGGCCUUUAUAAAGGACUCUAUCCACUCUGGGGUCGACAGAUACCGUACACUAUGAUGAAAUUUGCCUCAUUCGAAAAGGUUGUUGAGAUGAUAUACAACUAUCUCCCUGGCAAAAAAUCAGACUAUAAUAAGGGAGCCCAGACAGCAGUUGCAUUUGCCGGAGGAUAUGUGGCUGGUAUUCUGUGCGCAGCCGUAUCCCAUCCCGCAGAUGUGAUGGUGAGCAAGCUCAAUGCCAACCGUUUACCAGGAGAAGGCUUUGGAGCCGCCAUGGGACGCAUCUAUAAGCAGAUUGGCUUCGUAGGUCUGUGGAACGGCCUCCCUGUGAGGAUUGUGAUGGUCGGAACCCUGACUGGCCUUCAAUGGAUGAUAUACGAUUCGUUCAAGAUCUUUAUGGGCCUGCCAACGACUGGUGGCCCGGCUCCCGCCAAGCAGAAGUCCUGA